GAGAAAGAGUGGGGGUGGGAGGUGUAUCCUCAGUGCACAGGCAGGAUUGUACGCAGGCGGCAGCAAAGAUUGAAGCUGCAUGUUGCAGGUGUCCCCCACCUGUGCCUCAACCCCCGAGCAGCACAAUUCCGUGACAUCGACUUCCCUGAAGAAACGAGGCUCCAUGCCGAGGAGUAAAAGCGAAGAGCGAGUGAUGGACCAAGUUAUGGAGCGCCACUACGACCUGGACCUCACCUACAUCACCGAGAGGAUCAUCUCCGUCUUCUUCAUGCCCGAGCUGGAGGAGCCGCGCUAUGGCAGCUAUUUGCAGGAGAUGGCGUCCAUGCUGAAAUCCAAGCACCAAGACAAGUUCCUGCUGUUGAAUUUAUCGGAGAAGAGACACGACAUCACCAGACUCAACCCGAAGGUCCAAGACUUGGGCUGGCCUGACCUUCACGCUCCGCCUCUGGACGGGAUCUGCAGCGUGUGUAAGACCAUGGAGACCUGGCUGGGCGCUGACCCUCACAACGUGGUGGUCCUCCACUGUAAGGGUCACCCAGGGAAGACGGCCGUGAUUGUGGCAGCUUUCAUGCACUACAACAGGAUCUCAGCAGGUGUGGACCAGGCCCUCACCACCUUGGCCAUGAGGAAGUUCUGUGAGGACAAAGUUUCAUCUUCCCUGCAGCCCUCUCAGAGAAGGUACAUCUACUACUUUGCUGGUCUGCUGUCAGGCACCAUCAAGAUGAACAGCAGUCCUCUGUUCCUGCACCACAUCCUCAUUCCAUCCCUGAGCAAUUUUCAGACAGGAGGAGGUUACUUUCCCUUUGUGAAGAUCUACCAGUCACUGCAGCUGAUCUACACCUCCUGUGUCUACAACCCUCAGUCUUCUCGGGCAAGAAAGUUGUGCGUGACAAUGGAACCUGCAUUGUUGCUGAAGGGGGACAUUAUGGUGAAGUGCUAUCAUCGACGCAGCCAAGCAGCAGAGAGGGAGGUGAUAUUCAGGAUCCAGUUCCACACCUGCACCAUCCAUGGAGCUCAGCUCUGGUUUGGCAAGAAUGAACUGGACGUCGCCUGCUCAGAUGACAGGUUCCCCCUUGAUGCUGCCGUGGAGUUUAUCUUCUCCAGCGGGCCGGAAAAAUUAAACGAAAACCAGAAGCCGGAUGCCUCUGUAAAAGUGGACGACAACAUCUCAGAUCCAGUGGUCAGAUGGGAUUCUUAUGAGAACUUUCACCUUCACCACAAAGACAGCACAGAAAAUAUCUCUCACACAAUAGGCCCUGUGGAUGGCAGUCUGUACGCCCAGGUGAGGAAGCGACGCGGAGCAGGCCGCACCUCCUCGGCCAACGGUUGCCUCGCCCGCAGCCCCACGGUCGAGCCUCUUAGCGGAACGUCCGGCCGCGUCCCUGGUGAUCGUCCAGAGAACCCCACCGCCCCCGCUGCUCACCCCGAAAGAAAGAACGCCGAAUGUCCAACGGCGAAGACCAGGCAGAAAUUAGGAGGGCGAGAAAAGGAGAGAGAGACGGAGGUUUUAGAAGGUGGAUACCCGUCAAGUGUGGGAGGACUAAGGCGAGAACACAGGUGUGGUCCCAGGUGUGGAGGUGUGGCCCAGUGGGAGCCCUGCCUGUCUAACAGUCACUGUGCAGGAUGUCUGAACGCUGACAAAAAGAGUCAAACCCUUCCCGCCGUGCCUUUGGAACCCAUCUCCCCUCCGCCUCACCUGACUCGCCUGGACCUCUGUCAUCGCCACAGUCUCCACCCUUUGCCGGAGUUACCAUGGCAACGCUCUCUGUCCUGCCUCCACGGACCCUGCUACCCUUACUCCCCUCCUGAACUGCCGCAUCCACACAGCCACACCCUGCCGGCCCCCGGCAGACACGAAGAACGCCAAGUCUUCCAUUGUUCCGGACAAGCCCCGCCCACUCACGUCUCCCACCAAGCGCUGCCUUCUGGCCCGUAUCGAGAGAUGUUCUUCGGCCCUCCGUCCCCCGGCUGUCCCUGCCGGGAGUGUUCCGGCAGGCGGGAGCACCGGAUGAGAGCGUUCCACCCGAUGCAUCCGGAACAGGCGGCGGCGUUGUGGGAAAGUAGAAGUCCUGACUUUUGGCAAUCAGCCAUGCCGCCAUUCCACAUCUGCCACGCUGCCACCUUGGACCAGGGUGCAAACCCUGAGCAGCCACGGUUCUUUCUUGGACCUCGGCAGAGCUUUCCCAGCCCACAGUGUCUGGUGGACAUGCGGGACGGCGCCAGCAGUGGGUACCACACGCCUCCGCUCCCACACCAGUCUUGCCCUUGUUCUCCUCACCAGGCAUCGCCUGUGGAGAGCCAUGAGAGUCGAGGUUACCUCUCUGGGUCGCCUGCCAGCAGCCCCUCGCCUGGGAGAGGCGGACUUCCAGAGACCCCUCCGGGGUGUGGAGACCAGCAGAAUCCUGAUCUUAAAGAGAGGUCCAAACCCAGUGCAGAGGUUGACUUGUCUCAGGGUUCAAAGGGAAAACCUGACCGCUCCAGCACCCAGACUCUGGACUCUGACCACGACUACACACUUAUCAGCCCCCCGCACACAGAAGACAGUGUCAAUGCUGCUACCACUCCAAGUCCAGCAGCCAAGACAGAAGCGGGAAGUUUCAACAUCACCCAGCUUUCAAGGUCACCACCUGAUGCAAAGGUCAAAGGAAGCGAAGAGGACCCUGACCGAUUUCAGAGUACCACUAUUAUCAUCACCCCCGUCCAAGACCAAGUCAGGGGCUCAGAUCUUCAAUGCGAGGACCCAGCGGAGAACAUGAGAAGUGUCAACCUUUCAGCCAGUACCAGUCCUGGGUCUUCCAACACCACCCCAAACCAUCAUUCCUCCACAAAGCGCUCACUGUCGGCUCCAGAGCCCACGGGAAGUAGACCGAGCCCUGAAAGAGAAGACACCAAGCCGCCGUCGCCCACUCCCGACGGCUAUCACACGCCCACGUUCCCCACGGCGUCCUACUGCGUGCUGAGCGUGCCCCAGGUGCCGUACACCGGCUACACCGCAGUCACCAUCCAGCCGCCGCUCCCUGAGAAGAAACGACUUUCUUCAACACCGGGACCCCUCAACGGGCACGCCUCGCUUCCCGUCCCUUCACCCACGCACAACGCCACUUUGUCUCCCUCUGCUGGAGAGCUGAGGAAGUUUAUCAGCAGGGAGGACGUGGGGGUCAACGGCAAGUUUGUCCAAGAUGGCUCCAAGUUCUGGUACAAAGCCAGCAUCUCUCGAGACCAAGCCAUUGCAGCGCUGAAGGACAAGGAACCAGGAACUUUCCUCAUCAGAGACAGUAAUUCCUUCCAAGGCGCGUAUGGUCUGGCCCUCAAGGUAGCCACACCUCCUGCUAGUGCCAAUGCCACAGGUAGCAAAGCAGAUGUCCAGGAACAGCUGGUCAGACACUUCCUCAUCGAGACAGGGCCCCGGGGGGUCAAGAUCAAGGGUUGUCAGAACGAGUCCUACUUUGGGAGUCUGUCCGCCCUGGUGUACCAGCACUCCAUCACACCCAUCUCCCUGCCUUGUGCCCUCCGUGUUCCAGAGAGAGAUCUGCUUGGCGAGCUGCAGGAGACGCGGACCGCAACAAACGCGAGCACGGCGGCGGACCUCCUCAAACAGGGAGCAGCCUGCAGCGUCCUCUACCUGAACUCUGUGGAGACGGAGUCCUUAACGGGGCCCGAGGCUGUCUCCAAGGCCGCCAAGUGCACCCUGGCUCUGAGUCCGCGUCCGUCUGCGACCGUGGUCCAUUUCAAGGUUUCUUGUCAGGGUAUCACUCUGACGGACAGCAAGAGGAGGUUGUUUUUCAGGAGGCACUACCCCAUCAGCAGUGUGACCUUCAGCAGUCUGGACCCCCAAGACCAGAGGUGGACUAAGUGUGCUCGCAGCAAGAUGUUUGGCUUCGUGGCCCGGCGGACCAGCAGCAGCACGGAGAACGUGUGUCACCUUUUUGCCGAGAUGGACCCGGAGCAACCGGCCGUGGCCAUCGUCAAUUUCAUCAACAAGGUCAUGUUGGGGCCGCAGCUGCGCAGAUGAUGCUAAAGUGCUAAAGUGUAAUGACGGCAAAACAGGCAAAAGUGUCACAUGACCUGACUGCUUUUGAGUGAUCUUCACUGUCUUGAAGUGCACUACUUGGAUCCACCAGCAGGGGCGCUGAUGAUUCAAUACUUUGUUUUGUUACAAACGAUUUACUUGCUGCGCAACCAAAGAAUACAACACAUAUUUCAAGGAAAUUGUUAUUACCUUAUUUUUCAGAACAUAAGGCGCAUUAAAGGGGACAUAUUAUGAUUUAUUUCUACAUGCAAAAGACUUCCUUGUGGUCUACAUAACAUGUAAUGGUGGUUCUUUAUUCAAAAUGUUGCAUAGAUGAUGUUUUACACAUCAUCUUCAAGUCGCUUUCUGACAGUCUCUUCAGGUUUUAUUGACGUGCCUCCACUUGACAGGGACUUCAUCUUUAGAGUACCGGUAGUUUUUAGCACUUCCAUAGCGAGUCUACCGACAUAUAAGUUUGAACUGUACACUACUUUUUAAUUAGAAAUGGCAACAGCGUAGGAUAA